AUGAUACGUUUCGUGGAAAAUCAAAACGGAAAUUGCCGUUUGUGCUCGGAACCAGACCAUAAACAGGAUAUGGUUGAAUGCGACGAUUGUGACCGAUGGUUCCACAUCGGUUGUGUUAACUUAACGGUCGCGCCGACGGCGGAAGAAAAAUGGAUCUGCCCGAAAUGCGUGCAGAUCCAACAAAGAUUAGCAUCAUUGGAAAUAUCUGCUCGGAAGAAAGAUGAGCAGAUAAAACAACAACUGGAUGCAAUGGACAAAUUAAUGGCGACUAUGAAAGGCCAAUGCUCAACGUCAUCCUCGGGCCAAGUAACAAAUCAGCCCACGGAUCGAUCAUUUACCCAAACAGUGAGUAUGUCUAGUGACUGGACUAUAUAUUUAAAGAGGCAAUCAUUGACGACCCUACCCAGAUUUUCUGGCGCAUCAAAGGAUUGGCCAAAAUUUAAGAAAACAUUCCAUGAUACAACGGCAGAGGGAGGUUUCUCAAAUUUAGAGAACCUCAACCGCCUGGAACAAGUUCUGAAAGGGGACGCGUAUAAAACCGUCCAACAAUUGAUGAUUAACUCAGAGAAUGUUCCGAAAAUAAUCGAAAAGCUGGAAGAAUGCUUUGGAAGGAAGGAUCUUGUAUAUAAAGAACUUCUGAACGACCUGAGACGUAUCAAAAAGGACAGCCGAACCGUAGUUCCGGAUAUAUCAGACGCACUAGAUAACAUGGUGGUGAAUAUGGAGGCGCUGGGCCAAAAGGAAUAUCUACGUGAUCAUCGUUUAAUAGAGGAAAUCAUAGAGAAGCUGCCAUACACGAUACAAGUGAAAUGGGUUGAAGUGAUCCAAAGCAACACUUCGAUCCCAACACUCAACGAUUUGAAUAAGUGGUUAUUGCCACAUUCAAGAAUAGCCCGUAUGAUGCAAAAGUCUAAUAACAGUGUGUCGACUACGGAAAGGAAACCUCGAGUUAAUGUUCAUCAAACUAUGAAAUGUGCACUUUGUUCAGCCAGUCAUAGGCUAUUCCAAUGUAAGAAUUUCAAACAAAUGAAAACAUUGGAACGUAGAGAGUUUUUGGCUAAAAAAGGAAUUUGUUUCAAGUGCCUAAACUCCAAUGACCACAUUAUGAGAAAUUGUAGCAUGAAAGGAAUAUGUGGAAUCGAUGGGUGCAACAAGGAGCACAAUCGCUUACUUCAUCAAAGAUCGGAGUAUAAAAGAAAUCAGGAUACGGCUGCUGACGUACGACGAGGUCCCGAAGAAACCACGAAUAUUCAUCGACAACGCAAGGAACACCUUUACUAUCAAAUAGUUCCUAUAACAGUCCAAAACGGCGAAAGAAUGAUAGACACCUACGCCUUCCUGGACACAGGAUCAUCAGUAACACUAUUGGACGAGAGAAUGGCUAACAUGUUAGAGUUGGAAGGAAAAGUUGACCCGCUUACAUUAAAAUGGACACAGGAUUGUUUAAAAUCCUGCUCAAGCAAGAGGGUAAAAUUCUGGAUAAAGGGCAUAGGAAAACCAGUGAUGGCCCGGACUAUGCAUGAUCUAAAUCUUCCUAUCCAAACAGUUGACAUGGAACAAAUUGCCAAGAAUUAUCCCUACUUGAAGGACAUUCCGCUUCAAGAUUAUAAGGAAGCUCAGCCUACAUUGUUAAUUGGAUUGGACAACAGCGAAUUACUGAGUGCCAUCAAAACGGUAAAAGGAAAUGGUCCUAUGGCAGUAAAAACGCGACUCGGAUGGGUGAUAUACGGAAAGGAGUAUAACAUAAACCGUCAAGAUUAUACAAUGGUCAUCCAGGAAGAACAGGAGAUGAGCAAAAUGAUGCAGCGAUACUUCUCAAUCGACGAUUUUGGAGUGAAAUUAGUGGAAAAACUGCCAAGAUCACCAGAGGAAGAAAGAGCACAACAGAUUCUCGACAACACCAUCAAGCUAAAAGACAACCGUUACGAGGUCGGUCUGCUAUGGAAAACCAAAGAUGUACAAUUUCCGGACAGCUAUCAUACAGCCUUACGGAGAUUGGUGAUUAUGGAGAAUAAAUUGAAACAAGAUGAAAAAUUGAAGGAUUGGGCUAUCAAUACCUUCGCUGAUUAUGUGAAAAAGGGAUAUGCUAGAAAACUAGCACAUUCAGAGCUAAUUAACGCGGUUCCGAGAACAUACUAUCUCCCGCAUUUUAUAGUUCACAACCAGAAUAAAAUACCUCCAAAACCAAGAUUGGUAUUUGAUGCAGCUUCAAAAAUAAAUGGCGUAUCGUUUAACUCUAAUCUUUUGUCUGGACCUGAUGCUACUACAUCACUCGUUGGAGUAUUGCUGCGAUUCAGAGAGGGACGUAUUGCAGUUUGUGGAGAUAUUCAAGAGAUGUUCCACCAAGUCAAAAUAAAACCGGAGGAUCAGCAUGCUCAACGAUUUUUAUGGCGAGAUUGUGAAAACAAUCGAGAACCUGAUGUAUACAUUAUGGAGGUAAUGAUUUUUGGAUCGACAUGUUCACCAUCAUGCGCGCAAGCAGUGAAAAAUAAAAACGCUGCAGCAUUUAUGGAAUCGAAACCGAAAGCAGCCCUGGCAAUUGAAAAACAACACUAUUGUAGAGUAUAG